AUGUCUAGGCAGGGUUCAGCUGUCGAGCGAUUAGCCUCGCUCGCUGGGCACGUCUCGCAGCCAGCUACACCACCUCUGGCGUCAAUUCUACAGAAACAUCCAGACGAUAUCGUGAUUACUUUGGCGCUGCGCACACCGUUGACCAAGGCCAAAAAGGGUGGACUCAAGGAUACCCCGUUGGACGCGAUUGUCGUCAAACUGCUUAAACAUGCUGUCAGUAAGAUGAAUAUGGACCCUGCACUAGUGGAGGAUGUCGCUUUAGCAUAUCAAGUGCGCGCCGCGGUGCUUGCCGCUGGUUUCCCCACUACUACGGCGGCUUAUUCCACCAACCGGUUUUGUGCAUCUGGUCUCAAAGUUGUGCAAGACAUCGCAGAUCAAAUCUCGAAGGGCGGUAUCAGCUGCGGUCUGGCAAUCGGCGCCGAGUCCAUGAGCUUUAGCAAUGAUAGUUUUGAGGAACCCUAUGAUGAAGAAGUUCUCCAAAAUUCCGAUGCUAGAGACUGUAUGCAGCCCAUGGGCCAAACCAGUGGAAACGUUGGUCGAGACUUUGGUAUUUCACGGGAGCUACAGGAUCGCUACCCAUAUGAAAGCUUUAGGAGGGCAGAGAUAGCACAGAAGGAGGGUUGGUUGGAUGAUGAGAUCGUCCCAAUCACAACGACUGUUACGAACAAAGAAGGUGUGCGGCAGACGGUAAUGCUCACAAAAGACGAAGGACCACGUUGGGGUACAACAUAUGAAGCCCCAAGCAAGAUACGACCUGCCUUCAAGGAGUUUGGAGAUCGCAGCACUGGAGGUAACUCGAGCCAGGUUACCGAUGGAGCCGCUGCCACACUCCUGAUGAAACGCAGUAUGGCAGAGCGACUCGGACAACCUAUUCUAGCCAAAUUUGUCGGCGCGACAGUAGCUGGCCUCGCCCCUCGCAUUAUGGGCAUUGGCCCAUCAAUUGCCGCCCCUAAACUGCUGAAUAAGUUCAACCUCAGGAUCGACGAUAUUGACAUUAUCGAAUUAAAUGAAGCCUUCGCGUCUAUGGCUAUUUAUUGCAAGGAUAAGUUGGGCAUCGAUCACAAUAAGAUGAACGUUCGUGGAGGAGCUAUAGCACUCGGCCAUCCUCUUGGAGCAACAGGUGUGCGCCAGAUCGUAACAGGCCAGGGCAUGGCUGGCUUGUUCAUCAAUGAGCAGCUAUAG